UUUUUUUUUUUGGUCCCCCCCUCUUUAACUUUUAUUAAGUUUGCGCCUGUAAAAGCCAGCGCCUUUGCGUGGCCCCUGUCGGCUUUUUUUUCCCUUUGGUUUGGUUUUGUUUUGUUCCCGUGGCGCGUACUACGCGUGUAGCCAGCACGAUGUUCACGACGACCGGGUCGAGAGGACUAUAUAAAGCUCCCCUGUCGAAAUGCUUACUGCUGAUUACCAGUGCCCUCACCUUACUGCUCACCCUGGGGCUUCCUCACUACCAGAAUCUGUUUGUCUACAGUCUCCAGGCUGUAAGACAACACAAACAGGUCUGGAGGCUCGUCUUUGGGAGGCUGAUUUGUUUGGACGUGAAGGACGCGUUUUGCAGCGCGCUGCUCAUCUACACCUUCCGCGUGUUCGAGAGGAGGUUCGGCAGUCGCAAGUUCGCCUCCUUCCUGUUUGGAGUCUGGGUUCUCUCUGGACUGCUGGACUUCCUGUUGGCCGAGGUGCUUCACUUCCUCUUUGAGCUGCGGGUGGACGUGCUGCCGGGCGGACUGCUGGGUCCAGUCUUUGCGCUCUUUGUGCCUUUCUUCUGUUCUGUGCCCCAGGUUCAGGUCACUCAACUGCUGGGUUGCAUGUCCAUCACCAACAAGUCCCUCGUCUACCUCGUGGGCGUGCAGUUGCUAACCUCUAGCACCUACAUGUGGGUCGUUGCUCUUAGUGGAUUGGCGUCGGGCACGCUGUACUACAGCGAGGUGCUGGGUGUGCAUCGGCUGCUACAGGUGCCACAGUGGGCGGCGCGGUGCGGCGCCCGGCUCCUGGGGCCGGCGCUGGAGGGCACGGAGCCUCGGGCGGAGUCGCCCCUGGGCAUGGGCGCCACGCUGGACAUCCAGCGGCAACAGCGUAUGGACAUGCUGGACCAGCAGCUGCUGCUCUCCCAGAUGGAGCAGUUCAGGAGGAGUGCGGCACAGACGCCUCAGCCCUGGGCUGGCGGACUCCUGGGUUGGUCCAGGUUCCUCCCUGGUCUACGAAACAGGGGUCAGAACCUCCCUCACGUGCAGCCACACCCACAACAGUCCCUGCAGCCACACCCACUAGACACGCCAGUGGCCGAGGAACAGGUGGCCAGGCUGAUGGAGAUGGGCUUCUCCAGAGUGGACGCCCAGGAAGCUCUAAGGGCGUCCAACAACGACAUCAACAUGGCCACUAACUUCCUGCUACAGCACUAAGACGGAGCGGGAGGAAGUGUUGGGUGUUGGGUGAGGAAAAGUGGGGCUCCAUGGCCUCUGGGGCCAUGUGGGGAGGUGGGGAGCAGCUUAGUGUGGACCACUGCCAAACCCUCAGGAGAUUGUGGUGUCACUUCCUCUUGGCUUGCUCUCUGAUUGGACGGCGAGGAGCUGCUACUGCUGUCGUCCUGCCGUGCUUCCGUGUCAGUGAGACAGUCUGUGGCCAAGGCACGCAUCUUUAUCUCAGGGCUUGCGUUCUCGGGCCUGGUCAUCUCGCUGCGUGCUCCCGUGCAAACGCAACACGACUCGGGGCUUAUAAGGGGAGGUGCAGACACAAACAAGCUAGUCCAUCAGACCUGCCGUGCCGCAUGCGUGGGUCCAUCUGAAGAGAUGUUCUCCACCAAUGGGCCUUUUUAGUGAAGUAUUCCGCUUCAUCUGGGUCUGUGAAAAUACAAGAACGCAUGUAGCAUAAGGUGUAACUAUAAGAUUGAAGCCUUGAAUUUUCAUUAACAAUCAAGUAUUAAAGGUACACUAACCUUAUUGUGGUUGGGAUCCAAGUUGUGCGUUUGUGAUGAGAAAUAACCUCAAGUUCUGGCCGAUGGCUGUUAUAAAGAAAGGCCUACUGCCUGGUUCCUUAACAACAUGCUACUUUGUCUACCACAUCAAACUCUUCUAACUGUGUGAAAUUACUGUGUUCUGGUUCAAAGGGUACCAUGAAUUUGAAAUGUUAGAGAAAAAUAGUGUCCAAUCACCUGUAGGGACAGUGUAUAUCUGAGCAAUGUGUACAUUCAUCAAUUACCUGUACAGUGUAAAUUUUGUGUGUGUAAUAGGCAGAGAGUGAGUGAGCCAGUUUGUGUUUUGACUUGUAAAGGUAAAUUGAGGAAAAAAUUAUUACAUCACAAAAUGAUUGUUAUAGAUUUCUAACAGUUUUGAUUUAGAUGAUUAGAUUUAGAUUCUACUUUGCUACUAUCGGUGAAUGCUGCCACUAAAAACAUUUUAAAUUGUUUUGAUUAUUUCCAUUUCUUAUUCUAAUAACAGUAUGGUGGUGGUGUGGUAUUGUUUGUCGCUGUUGUUUUUGUUGAUGUUUGAUUAAAGAAGAAAAGAUUUAAUUAUUUUUGCAGUAACGUGAGACGUUUGUCCGAAUUUGGCUCUGGUGUCUAGCCAAACCCUAUAAAUCUGAACAGUGUGGUAUAGCCACUGUCCAUAUUCUCUGUGAAAUUUAGAAAUUGCUGAUUGUCAUUAGACAUUGCCAGAUGACCCUAAUUAAUAUUCUAAUAACACUGGGCAUCAAAAUUUGAACUUUAUUUUUUAUCACAAAUUAAAAUAGAUUGGACUUUGUAACACAUUUUCUAUUAAAUUUGGAUGUUUUUAUCAUGCAUGGUUUUUACAUCAAGUAUAUAUUACUUUAUAAAUAAGUUUAUUACUGUACAAACUUUUUUCUGAAAUGUACAAUGCAUGAUUUUUCAUAUUUGGCCUUGGGCACAUCCUUGUUUAGUGCCCAGCAGUAGUCUGCCAUCAUAGAGGGGAUCCACUUUUCUUGCUAAUGCAACUGUAAAUAACUAUUAUAACCUGUAAUUAAAACCUACCUCCCAUUUA